UAGUUGUCACCAUGAAGGUUUUCCUUGUCUUGGCUUUGGCUGUUGCCUCCGUUUCCGCCGGAAUCCUGCCUCUGGACACUCCAAUGCGUCCUCGGGACCUUGAAGGAGUUCCAUCCAUCAAUGGCCGGAUUACAAACGGAAAGAACGCAGCGGAGAAUCAGUUUCCCUACCAGGUGGGACUCAGUUUCGCCAGCUCUUCUGGCAGUUGGUGGUGCGGAGGAUCCAUCAUCGCUAAUACCUACGUGGUGACGGCUGCCCACUGCACCGAGGGGUCCUAUUCCGUGACCAUUUACUAUGGUUCCACCGUUCGCACCAGCCCCAAACUGACCCACACCGUUUCCAGCUCCAACUUCGAGCAACACGCCAACUUUAACUCGGUCACCUUGAACAACGACAUUUCUCUGAUCAAGACCCCAUCGGUUGCUUUCUCGGCUUCCAUCAACAGGAUUGCUCUGCCCGCCAUUGCCAGUAGCUACUCCACUUACGCCGGACAGACUGCCGUGGCCUCCGGAUGGGGCAGGACCUCCGACACCUCCACUUCUGUGGCCUCCAACCUGCAGUAUGCCGACCUCACGGUUAUUGCAAAUUCGGUUUGCCAACAGUCCUACGGAACCGACGUGGUUACGAGCGGAGUCAUCUGCGUGGCCUCGGUGAAUCAGGUCUCCAUCUGCAAGGGCGAUUCCGGCGGUCCUUUGGCCUUGGACAGUAAGCUGAUUGGAAUUACCUCCUUCGUUUCCUCCAGAGGAUGCGAGAAGAAUGCCCCAGCUGGUUUCACCCGUGUUACCAGUUACCUGGACUGGAUCAAGACCAAGUCAGGAGUUUCCGCUUAG